AUUGCCUGUUCGCCCGAGUCCCACAAUUGUAGAGACGAAUAUAACCGGAAAAGUCAGUGAUGAGCUGUUGAUAGGAUAAAUCAAAAGCAUCAUCACCUCACAACCCUCUGAGCUCUCACCUUUCUCCCCAAACAACAAUGGCUUCCACUUCCUUAAUCAACCCGUUGACUUUCACUUCGCGCACUCCCACUCUUCACUACUUCACUCGCCGCACCCCAAUCACGUCACUCCGAUUCGCUAGCCCCCCUCGUCUCAUCUCCACCAGGAUCUCUUCGCCUUCUCGCGUUCUAUGCAAAGCCGUCUCCGUCGAAUCCCUAACCACCAUUGAAGGUCUCAACAUUGCCGAGAACGUUACUCAGCUCAUAGGUAAAACGCCAAUGGUUUACCUCAAUAGUAUCACAAAGGGUUCCGUUGCUAAUAUUGCUGCUAAACUUGAGAUUAUGGAGCCCUGCUGUAGUGUCAAAGACAGGAUUGGUCAUAGUAUGAUACUUGAUGCCGAGAAGAAAGGAGCCAUAACACCUGGGAAGAGUGUUUUGGUGGAACCUACUAGUGGGAACACAGGAAUUGGUCUGGCCUUUAUAGCAGCUUCUAAAGGAUAUAAACUCAUUUUGACGAUGCCUGCUUCCAUGAGUUUGGAAAGACGCGUUCUUUUGAAAGCAUUUGGAGCUGAGCUUGUUUUGACUGAAGCCGCGAAGGGUAUGAAUGGAGCAGUUCAAAAAGCUGAAGAGAUUGUAAAAAAUACGCCCGAUGCAUACAUGCUUCAACAAUUUGAUAACCCUUCAAAUCCUAAGAUACAUUUUGAGACAACUGGGCCAGAGAUAUGGGAAGAUACAAGAGGUAAAAUAGAUAUUUUUGUUGCAGGAAUAGGAACUGGUGGAACUAUUUCUGGAGCCGGUAGAUUCCUAAAACAACAAAAUUCAAAAGUACAGGUUAUUGGUGUAGAGCCUCUUGAAAGCAACAUACUCUCAGGUGGAAAGCCAGGACCUCACAAAAUUCAGGGUAUUGGGGCUGGUUUUGUGCCCGGGAAUUUGGAUGAAGAAGUGGUUGAUGAAGUUAUAGCGAUAUCUAGUGAUGUAGCUAUUGAAACUACAAAGCAAAUAGCACUCAAAGAAGGCUUGCUGGUGGGAAUUUCUUCAGGUGCUGCUGCUGCUGCAGCAUUGCAGGUGGCUAAGAGACCUGAAAAUAAGGGAAAGCUUAUUGCGGUUGUAUUCCCGAGCUUUGGCGAAAGAUAUCUGUCAACUGUUCUUUUCCAGAAAAUUCGAGAAGAGUGUGAGAACAUGCAACCGGAGCCUUGAAACAGUUUUACAUGUUUCAGACACAUUUCUUAUUUUUAGUAUUUAAGAACUUUAAAACUUCUGAACUGGUCAUAGAUCUGACACACGACAGAGAUCAAUGACCCUUGAACAGUAUAGUUCUCCAAUUUUGGGAGGUAAAACUUUUUAUUUAUUUAUAACUGGUAUUAGUCUUCUUUAUGUGUGACCAA